AUGAUGAAUAUGAAGAAGAGCAUGGAGAGGCAUAUGAGCCUCUACUGGGGAAAAGAUGCUAUAUUACUUUUCCCUAGUUGGCCUAACCACAAUGUUGGUAUGUAUUUCUUAUCUUGCUGGUUUGUGUUUUUCCUUGCAAUGGUUGCUGAGAUUUUGUCAAACAAACCAACCUUCAAGCAAGGGACAAAUCACAUCAAAGGAGGGUUGAUUCAAGCUACCAUAUACUUCUUUCGCGUUAGUUUUCUUUACUUGAUCAUGCUUGCUGUUAUGUCCUUCAAUUUGGGAAUCUUCAUAGCUGCUGUUGUUGGUCAUACCUUCGGUUUCUUCUUAGCCAAGUGUCAUGAUAUUUAUGUUGUCAACAAAGAAAAAAAUAAUGAGUCCUCCAUAUGA